CAUGCAAGCAACAAAAUUGACAAUCAAUCCUUAAAUAUAUAGCCGCGAAAUUACUAGCGAGACAGCAGAUCUGUGUUUGACUUUGUAUUCUAUUGUAUACUGUAAUAUAUUUAUCAUGACACGGGCCCUGCCCGGCCCUCGAACUCACUAUAUAUUAUGAUAGAUAAAACCAUUUAUUUAUUCUCUCGCUUAGGCCUAGAUUAUGAAUUGUAAUUUUAGAAUCAUGACCUUUUACAACAUCCGCAGUCUGUAUUGGCGGCGCCGUGUACACGUUUACAAUCGACCGGGCUGUUAACCAACUGACAGGACAAAAUGCAGCUAGGUUCACUUGCCAUCCUCGGUUUUGUACUUUUGAUAAAUGUUGGACACGGAUCUGCGCAGGCAUCCGUGUGCAAUUCCUACAAUGCCAUUCAACGACUGUAUUGUCUAGGAAUGAGGGCUCCGACUCCAGAUGAGCGUGAAAGACUAUUUAGUGGUGGAUAUUUCACCAGAGAAGGGUUACAGGUGUUCCUCAAUGUUUGGUGUAGCUCACUGCUGCAGUAUGGUCCGUGUAUCUCCUCAAAUACCCAGCAAUGUUCGAACCAGGAGGAACUGCACCAACUUCAUCUAGAGAAUGGAGGGCUGUGUACAGCUAAUGGGGAAGUCGACCCGCAGGUCCAGCCCUUUUUGCAGACGUUUGUACAAACGGCUUUAACGGGAGAUUGUGCCAGGUUUUGGAGAACGGUCUUUAACCCGUGCUAUCCACGUGGAUACAGCGAGAUUCCCGACAGGCCAGAUUCGUCAAUGAAUAUCUCCCUGGGUAUUGAAUGGUGGACAAGAAGGCGGACUAAUACAGUUCGGUGUAUCAUGGAGAAAGAUACGCCGCCAUCUCCAGACAGCUGUGAAGGGACGACGGAAGUCGAUGCCAAGAUCUUCGCUGUACUCGACAACCUCUGGUCGGAACCUUAUGGUGUCGGAGCCCAUGUCGACAUAUCGGAGUUUAUUGAUCAGAUCUAACCCCAAAACAGCUAAAGAUUUACCAUCCCGUAAUAUUCCAUUAUAUGAAUGGCAAUAUGCAAGUUGUGAUUAUUGUAAUCUAUUUUUCUUUUUCUUCGUUUCAUUCUAUAAUCACGUAAAUGAGAAACAGGUAUACAAAUAUUCUUUAUUUCUGAAGAUUGAGGUGUUCAUUAUCGGAGUCGAUUAUCUCGGUUAAAAUGCAAAUGUAUCCUUCGUUGUCUUAAAGAUGUAUCAUAACAUCAACACGCAUAAAAGUUAUGUACUUUCUGAAAAAAUAAAAUAUACAUCAAUAAA